CUUCAAAAUAAAGAGCUCACUUUCGUAAUUUUCCGAAUUGAGUUAUCGACUUUGGAGAAGGACUGACACCUUGAGCACCAUGUGUUUCAAUGUACUGGGCGUGAGCAAUCUUCUACCCGAUUGCAGCAUUGCAAACCAGGUCCAUCUGUACUCUUUGCUGCAGCAACUCCAGAACCAGGAUCGUCGUCCGGAGGAAGUGAGUGACGAGUUGCGGGAUCGCUACAACGUAUUCCGCCAGGUUUUGCCCAACUACCCGGCACCGGAACAGCCAGACGACGAUCUGCUAAUAUUCGUUGAUGAGUUGUUUCAGGAGCAGCCAGCAAUAUGGACCUUCACAGACACAAUCCUGUCUGAAUAGUGAUUCCGAGCAGAUGGGCAUCGGCAUGGACCGCCAUCAUUACACCACCACAUUCAUUUAAAAAGUGAAAUUAUGUCUUUGGUUAAGUGUCUGCCAAGUGGUCGGAGUGGCGUUAAAUGUAAUGAAAGUAAAACGUGGCCAUUAAAUGUUCACGACAAUAAAAAAGGAAAA